UCUGCGCGUCAGCCGCCACGAUCUCCCGAGUACGAACUUCCAUACGGGUAGAUUAUAAAAAUACGCGAGGAACAGAUGUGACGCGCCAAGCGCGUGCGAGAGAAAAGGAUCCAAAGUCGACAGCCAGCUAACGCAGGCCAUCGCCAGCCCCAGGGGUGCCGGUGAACGAAUGGAAACCUCCAACGGCGAUGCAUUGUCGAAUAAAAAUCACAACCUCUGUUCAGAAGCAUGUCCACGCAUGCACGGUCAAUUGCUUCGGUGCUAGUUCUCCUGCUCAGCUCGUCUAGCGUACAGCGCGUUUGCGCCCGCUGAAGCCGCGACAUGGGCCUGGCCUGGUCUGUACGUUCCCUGGCGGACGUUGUGGUAGUGGCGGGUAUAGGUACCGGGAGCUGUCGUUCGUCCCCCCACCCACUUUAUUUCUUGAUCCUGUCCGCUGUGGAUUUUUCUUUUUCUCUUUCUUGCAAUAUCUGCCACGAUGCUAUGACGAUGUUCAACCACUUUGUCGCUUCUUCGCUUGUGCCCAACAGCUGCGAUUGAAGCUUGUAUAGAAAGUGCGGAUCUGACGCGGGUUUCAUCGGAUUGUACAGUACGUCGGCUCAUUGCGGGAAGAAGAUCGUUUGAUCAAACACCGCACUACGUUCGCUGGCGCUGUGAAUAACGUCGUGUACAAUCUUCCGGCGUGUCUCCAUCACACUUGAUCGAAUCACUAUCGCGAUUUUCUUGCUCCCGGAACGAGCUCGCCAACCUCCAUUGCCUGAAGGGCCUUCCACUGCAACGAGAGAGGUGAUGAGUACAACGAACGAGAAGGGAGUCGCCGAGCUGGCAAGUGAUGAGCUCGGCAAUGGCGAAGUGCCUGCUCCGGUCUCCAAUUAUAUGUUCAAGAUGGACAUGCGAAUCAUUCCCAUUCUUGGCUGCACCUACACCAUUUUGUUCCUUGACCGCACCAACAUUGCCAAUGCCAGAAUAGAAGGUCUUGAGAAAAGCCUUAACAUGCCACCUACUGGCUACAACACACUCUUAUGGGUAUUUUUCUUGCCUUUCGUGCUUGUCGAGAUUCCUAGUAAUCUGCUCAUGGGGCUACCUCGCGUGAGACCCAACAUCUUUCUCGGUAUCAAUAUGCUGCUGCUCGGUAUCGUCUCAUUUUGUCAAGGUUUGACCCAUUCCUAUGGUGGUCUGAUAGCUUUGCGCUUUCUGAUGGGUAUCUUCGAAGCAACCCUUCCCGCCGGCGCCGCGUUUCUUAUCGUCGAGUACUACACCCGUCAGGAGGCUGCACUUCGUUUUGCUUGCUUCUUUUGCUUCGGUGUUCUCGGUCCGGCUGUCAGCGGGCUGCUUGCAUAUGGAAUCAGGAACAUGGACGGUAUCCAGGACAUGGAAGGUUGGCGCUGGAUCUUCCUAAUUGAGGGUCUCCUAACCGUCGCCAUUUCUGGUUUGGUGUUUAUCCUUGUGCCGGAUUUCCCAGAAAGGACCAAGAUUUUAUCCAAGGCGGACAAGGAACAUCUGUUGGAAAAACUACAGCGCGAUAAGGGUGAUCAGAAACUUGACUUGAAGUCGGUAAAUUGGGUGAAAGUGCUGACCGAUUAUCGUAUCUGGUUCCCUACCCUCAUGUUCUUUUGCUGCGAUAUGACGGCGGCCUCCAUGUCCUCGUUCAUCCCCACAAUUUUACUGGAGCUCGGCUGGAAGGCUGCCAAAGCGCAGGUCAUGUCCAUCCCGAUCUGGCUCACAGGCCUGGUGUUCCAAAUUCUAAGUGGGUGGAUAUCAAGCAGGAUCGGUUGGCGAUUUCCGUUCAUUCUCAUUGGCAUAUCCAUGGUGACUGCUGGUUGGAUCAUCCAGCUCAUCUACUCCAACAACCGCGGUCUGUCUCCGGCCGUGCGGUAUUUUUCACUCUUCGCCAUGAGUGGCGGCACGUUUUUGCAAAUGUCCAUGACUAUCGCAUGGAUGACGAACAAUCUUCGCGGGAGAGCUAGCAUCGCCGUGGGAACAGCCAUCAUUCUCGGGCUCGGCAACUGUGCGAAUUUCGUGGCGAGCAAUGUUUUCAUCACCAAACAGGCUCCCUUCUACCCCACAGGGUUUCGCACCGCGCUCGGCCUGACGUUGGCUGGGGCAGCUAUCUGCUUAAUUUUCGUGGCGCUAUUAUACGUGCACAACCAGAAGUUGGAUCGAAAAAGAAGAGACCAGGGAGAGAGCGCGAUUGACGCACAGCUGGAGUACAGGUAUCAGUAUUGA